AUUGCUAGACUGGAUGCUGACAAACAGGCUCUGAAUGACCAGAUAAUGAGUAUUGAUCCCACCAGGGACAGUAAACGUGUGGAAGCACUCCUGAGGGAAAAGGCCCAACUCUGUCAGAAGGUCAAGAGUCUGGAGGCUGAGGUCGCAGAACUGCGGGCUGAGAGGGAAAAUUCCGGCUUGCAAGCUGAAAAUGUGCAGAGAAUACAAGUGCGACAGUUAGUUGAAACCCAGACUCUUGUUAAGUCUUUGGAGGCAGAGAAGCAAUCUAUUAAACUUCAGCAUGAGCGUUUGGAAAAGGAACUGCAGCUGGUUCUUGAACAGAAUACUCAGUUGACCAGCAAGUUGUUCAAGGCAGAGCGAGAGGUUAAUGCUUUGUCCAGCAAA